AUGGAGGCCAUAGUUACCAUUUUCCCUCGGCUCGAUCAACUGCCUAAUGCUCGUCUCCAAUGGAUGAUAACAUGUCUCCCUGAAAGAAAUCAGGAAGGUCCAUUGCCCCGAUUCAGAGAGUUGAACCAGAUGUUUCAGGUAUUGGAUGCGACGGGACAAAGAGUCUGUUUAUUUAAGCGUUUCCGCGCCGACAAAGAGAUAUCCGCAAGAAAGGAAGCGGCAGUGUAUCUGUUGGACCAUCCGGAAGAUGGUCCAAGAUCACAGUCUCAAACUCUCUCUGGAUUUUGUGGACAUGCUCCCACAGUUUUCGUGAGGUUUAGGAGUGAAGGCCAAAACAUAAUUGGUAUUUUGAUUGAGUUUGUAGAGGCGUUCCAAGGACCAUUUGAUGUCAACCGAGUACCAAUUGAAGAGUUGCACAAAGUAUGCUUGGUCGAUCUCCGAUUCGCGGUCACGGAUCGUCAAAGGCAAAAUGUUCUUACAAGACUAGAUGACAAUGGUGUUUUACGGUAUGUACCGAUAUACCACGGGUACUCGUUCUUCGAUCAAGCACCGAGGUUCACAAUUCUUGGGUUAGCUUGGUGA